AUCAUAUUAGAUUCAAAACCCUCACCGGAGUGUGCAGCGGGCGAGGAGAGGAGGUGCUCGAGCCGCCGCGCCGCGUAGACCAACCCCGCGCCCGAUGCCACCGCCAAUCUCCCAGAGGUAGGCCCCCGAACAUGCGCCGCGGACUCGUAGCUCGGGCCCCGCGACGGCGGCGACUUCCAGGCAGGCGAGAACGACGCCAUCCGGCAACUCUGUGGGUAAACUGUAAAUACAUACUGCUUCGAGUGUCCUACGUGCAAAAUCGGGGGAUUUUACAAAGUGAGGCGACUCUGUUGUAACCGCGAGUGUGUCUCGUAUGUACGCCGGCGAGCGGAAGGAGCAUUCGGCCCUGGUCCGCGGCGGCCGGAGGCGGCGAAGAGAGCUUCCGCGCGCGCAGGACACCUGUUCGGCAGAAUGCCUAAAAGGCUCCGCAGCAAGGGUAACAAGAAAGCAGCCGUGUCCGGUGGCGAGGACCGCUUGAGUGCGCUCCCGGAAGAUGUGAUCCUGCUUCUGCUGUCGUUCCUGACAUCGCGUCAAGCAGUGCAGAUGUCUGUGCUCGGCCCCCGCUGGCGCGCCCUCUGGAAGUCCUUGCCGUCCCUCCGUUUCGACAUGGGACUUGACCACACCUCCCGGAGCUUCCAUUUUAUCGAGAGCCUGAUCCGCUACCGUGACCCGACAACGCCCCUGCUUGAGUGCGAGAUUCUGUCCGAUGACAGGUUCAGCCAAGAUGUCGACAUGUGUCUCCGUUACGCUGUAUCGUGCAAAGUGAGGGAUCUUCGAAUCAAAAUCUACUCUCGACGUUACUUCCAGCUAUCGGCCGGGACUUUCUUCUGCGCGCACCUGACCAGGCUAACUCUUUGCUGCGUUUGGCUCGACGAUUUCUAUGUGCAUGUUUCGAGCUGCCAAUCGCUCGAGGAGCUGGAGAUCAAUGGUCUUCAGAAAGGAGAUAAAAUGUUACCCUACAUUUAGCAAGCUCAAGACAUUGUUGCUCAGUGACUGGUGUAUGGCUUCUAACUUCACUGGACUAGUUUACUUUCUGCAGCACUCACCAAUUCUAGAGAGAUUUACGCUUCAACUUGGUAGAUACUGUGAGAAAACUCAAAUGCAUAAAGUCUAUCCAAAGGAACAAUUCAUGGUGUCAAAGCAUCUCAAGGCAAUUGAAAUAACAUAUUUCCAGAAAGAUGUAAGGGUAGACCAAAUAGUAAACUUCCUUGCGUACCAUGGAGUACAUCCGAAACUCAUAAACAUCGAAAGGAAGCCCUAUGAUGACUGCUUCAGUUUCAAGCGCAAGGAGUAGUUCAGACAUCUACGGUCGCUUCUCUAUUCACACUCCCAUGUCCCUGGAUCUUUCACCACUAGGUUCCUGCAUUUUGUCAAGCAAGGCCGUGCGUGCAACUCAUAUCCGGUUCACGUGAAGCAUGAACUCCUGCCGAUUUCGUGAUGUGGCUCACUGGGAUUCAGUUGGAAAGGCUUAAAGGCCAUCGCGGUCCUGUUACACCUAUUGCUCUUUUCCUGAACUCUGUUUGGCCUGAACUGAAUGAUCUGCUUAAGGUCUAGUUUUAGUUACAUGUUUCUAGAAGUACAACUUAUGCAAUAUGUAGUAUGUUGCGUAUCCAUUUCUUUCAUGACCUGGAAUGUUGUUUUGCUUUAGUGAUCUGUGGUGAUUGUUCGAGUUC